AUGUGGCGAACCCGAAAUCAGGAUUUUUAUUAUGAGUUUCCAGUGGCGAGCUGCAAAGAAUUUUCUCAAGUCUCCGGCCUCGCAGGUGCAGAGCUGGAUUCUCAGCGUUUGACCCCUGUGCUCUUUGCAAAUUGCCUUGUCAUAGGCCUCUCUGCGGCGUUGACAGGCUAUGACCAUGGUGCAGCUAGUGGCGCCCUGCAGAAUCUGGUGGCCUUGAAAGGUUUGAGGCGACAAAGGCGCUUUGGACCACUUUUGCAGGGAUGGGUUGUAGCUUCUGCUUGGGUCAGCAACAUCAUUGGAAACUUGAGUGGCUACUACAUGCCUACCCCACGUAUUGCACUGAUCGUGGCAGGGCUCCUGGAGAUGCUUGGCAGUCUUCUCACUGGCUUUGCUCCAACUUUGUGGGUUCUGAUUCUGGGACGCUUGGUGAAUGGCUUCGGGCUGGGCCUCAACGGAGUAGCAGUCGCGCAAUAUGUCAGCGAAGUUGCUCCUCCACAUGCCAGAGGGGGAGCCAUCGCAGUUCAAGAGACGACCUUUGUGUCCGGUGCCUUCAUAGGAGCGUUAGUGGGCCAGCACUUCCUGCGCAUUCGUCAUGGGUGGCGCACGAUUUGGGGUCUUGCAGCCUUCUUUGGUGGCCUAGCCACAGUCACUAUGCUGCGAAUGCCUGAUACACCCAGGUCCAUCUACCGACGUGCGGCGCGGAUGGCUGCAGCUGAGACCUCACAGACGCCGGAGGCUGCACAGAGGCACUUGCUGCAAGUGCUUGAGGAAGCUCGCAGAGAGGCAAUGAGCACUAUGUGCCAGCUCCGUGGUAUUGAGUUUCCGGACCAGGCGAUGCUUUCUGAGCUUGAGGGCAUCGAGCGAACGUAUGUCUCUGAGCUGAACUUGCUGGGGCGAGCAGCUUCCUCCGAAGGGGCUCAGGCGAUAGCAGCUCCGAGCUUCCUGUGGUUGGAUGCCAUUGGCCGACGAAAGUUGCUUUCCUUUGGUUUGACAGGAGUCACAGCUUGCUAUGGCCUGUCUGCCGUUGGUCUUGGCCUGCAUAGCCGCUUGGCCAGCCUCGUGUGCAUUGCCGUGUUUGGUCUCGAGAUGCAGCUUGCGCUUAUCCAGGCACCUUUGUCGCGCUUGGGAGACACGGCCGCAAACGCCGGAGUCCUUGUUUUGAUGGAUUUCUACCUGCCAGAAGCUCCACUUCCCUUGAAGACCGCUGCGGCCUCUACAGCUGCUGCUAUGUGGAGGCUCUUCCUGUCGCCGAUAGAUACCUUGAAAACAACUUACCAGGUGCGAGGAGAAGACGGCCUGCAAGUGCUUUUGAACCGCGUGAAGAAGAACGGACCAGGAGAGCUCUAUGCAGGUGCCAUUGCAACCUUUGCAGCCAACUGGGUUGGCAACUAUCCUUAUUUCGUUGUCUUCAAUGCGCUGGAUCAAGCAUGGCUGGUGUUUUCCUUAAAUGCGUUUGACCGGGUCAAGGUGGGUUCUCCCCUUUUCGCUGGGCUGUCCAUUGGCACCGUGCUUUUUGUUGCCAUCCAGGCCCUUGGAGGCAUCAGCGGUGGAAACUUCAACCCGGCAGUGUCUGUGUCCUUGGGCUGUGUGAGCGCCUUUGGUGGCCCUGGAAUUCCCUGGAAACAGGUGGGAAUCUACUGUUUGACCCAGAUUGUGGGUGGUACUGUGGCUGCCCUGACGGCCUCCCUCAUGUUCGGCAAGUCUGCCAGCUUGGAGGUGACUUCCGGCUACACUAUGCUCUCAGCUGGCAUGUGUGAGCUCUUCUACACCUUCAUGCUUUGCUUCGUGGUGCUCAACGUAGCUGCAGCCAAGAAGAACCAAGAGGAGAAGGGCCAGUACUUUGCGUUGGCCAUUGGCUUUUGUGUGGUGGCAGGUGCUUAUGGUGCUGGUGUGAUCUCUGGUGGUGCCUUCAAUCCAGCUGUUGCCUUCUCUUUGGAUGUCACCAGUCUGAGUCAUGGCUUUGGGCGCUGCUUCUUCUAUGCAAUUUUUGAGUUCUUGGGUGCAGUCUUGGCUGCCUUUCUCUUCAGCAAGGUGCGACCUGGAGACUUCGGUUCUGAGCCAAGCCCUGCAAAGCUCCGGGAGUCGCUGCUCAGCGAGUUCUUGGGCGUUUUUGUUCUGGUCCUGACGGUGAGCACAAACAUCUUGGGAGGUUCAAGCACAGCAGCGCUCAGCAUUGCAUGUUCAUUGUCCGCUAUGAUCUAUGCUUUGGGAGAUGUGUCAGGCGGCCACUUCAAUCCUGCAGUAACGUGUGCUGUCUUCCGCAGCGGCCGUGACAGCACCUUCACAUUGACGAAGGCGCUGCUCUACAUGGCGGUGCAAGUGCUUGCAGGUAUCGUCGCGGCCCUUGUCGCUGUGGGCAUCUUUGGUGCGAAGAUGGGAACCUUUGGAGCCAAGGCCCCGUACCAUCUUCAUCAGGCUUUGUUGGGCGAGUUGGUCUUCACCUUCACCUUGUCUUAUGUGGUCCUUGGUGUGGCUGUCUCUGCUGUGACAAAGGCGUCGCACUUCUUUGGAUUGGCAAUUGGCUUCUGCGUGGUCGUCGGGGGCUUCGCUAUGGGAAAUGUCUCUGGAGGAUCUUUGAACCCUGCGGUGAGUCUUGGUCUGGCAGUCUCUGGCGGUGGUGCCGGUAGUGCUGCCGCCUAUGUCCUGGUGGAGCUCUUGGCGGGUUUCUUGGCCGCGACUGCCUUCAGUGUGACCCACCAGGUGGAGUUGGAGUCCCCCGAAGCCAAGAGAAUCACUGCUGACGCGUGA